AUGGCGGAGAAUGUCUCGAUGUCAGACACCAAGAUUAUGUCACCCCAGGAUGAUGCACAGUUUGCACUGGGCCAUUCCUCGUCGAUCGAUGGCGCAUCCGCCGGCAGCCACCUUGCUUCGGCGCAGGACGAGGAGGAACGGCGGGCGAUCGCAGCGGAAUGUCAGGCCAAGCUCGAUGCGCGAAAAGUUGGGGCAUUCACCUCACGACCUUUGCUCAAGAGUGGGUGGAUCGCGCUGACCGGGAAGCGGGAUGGCAAGCGGCAGAAAGCCGUCGGCAAGCUCACGUACCGGUCGUACCGCGAGCGGCGGGAUGAAAUUGGCGACGACUUCUUCCAAGAUGAGGCGACGUUCGCAAGCGAGAAUCAACUGGUCAAGAUAGAGGUUGUACCCAAGAAGGACGGUGGUCACAAGCGCGCACUGCACAGUAUCCGUCGGUGGAAAAACAAAAAGGGCGAAAUCGUGUCGACUCCUAGCUCGUCGGCGCAGGGUCCUGGUGCGGAUCAAGAUCUGCUCAAUGACUCUGACUUGGACACGUACACUCCCAAUCCCAAUUCUUCCCGUCCCGAGACUCCGGCCGAUUCCGAUGACCCUUCGCGGUUCCCAUCAUCUUACGCUGCUUCGUGGAUCAGCAGUCCCGUCGACUCGCCGGACCUUUCUCGGACGAGCACGAACGCCACCGAUCAACCUACUCGACUGCCUCUACUAUCUCAAAUCCCGACCCGUGCAUCAAUAGCCGAGUCAAGUCUCAGUCUCUCUCGUCAGCAGUCCCAAAUCUUGACUGUCGAUCAGCCCAUGGACACCCCGAGACGUAAGAUUACGUUCCAGUCGGCGGUCACCAACACUCGCGCUAAGAGCAAACGAGCAUUUGACGAGAUACUGAGGACGCGGCAAAGGCAAUACGCUACAGGACAAUCGGCGCAGAUUGAGCAAUCCGAUUCUGCCUUCGCCAAAGCACUGGCCGCCAUCGCCGGUGGUGAGCGGGAAGAAGAGAAGAUCGAGGUCAUGGUCCUGUACGAGAACCAAAGAGGGUGCGUGCGGUUCAAUGCGAACGGAAAAAGUCUGAUCUGAUACUCAACAACAUAUCCAUGCUAACGUUACUGUUGGCUUCGCCCUUAGGCUUGUCGUCUUUGGACUACCGAGAUUUUCGUCGGGGGCUUUGUUUCAGCUGGAUCCAUCGUCGUUUCAGAACAGCCGGCUGAGGUAAGAAUGUCCCCAAGGCGCUUGCCAUUCCUCGAUGAUGAUCGUAAUUGACUUCCCGCCCGACGUUUACUCUUUCAGAAACUCGCCUUACACCCGACACGAGUUUGGCUUGCCAACGCCACAGUGGAACUGGCUCGACCCCGACUGGAUGGUCGACAUGGGUGGCGAUGUCGAUGAGCACGGUUGGUCGUACGCGACACAUUUCGGCAGUCGCUACUGGCGUGGUGUGGCCAAUACCGGCCGCUCCUUCGUUCGGCGCCGCAGAUGGGUUCGUGCGAGCAUCUUCAUCCCCGAGUCGCAGCAGGACUCGCGCGACGAGGACGUGUUCAAGCUUCUCGUUGAUUGGACGGCCAUGCAAAAGUACGCGCAAGAAUACUCCGACUCACUCAAGCAUCGUGACCAGAACAAGGAGUGCAAAGAUUGUGGGCAACCGCGGACCGUCAGCCCCUCCGAGGGAUGUUCACACGACUGGCCUGGAACCGAAUCUACCCCGCCUCGCGCCGUGGUCGGACUGCGCGAUGCCAUCUCUUUGCUUCCGGUCUCGAACGCGUUCAAAGAUGAGCUGUACGCCUGGCAGCCCGAUGUCCACGUCGUUGAUCCUUUCCUCGCAUGGUCGACCAUCUGUGCGCGUGGAGGGGAUCGGGUCCUCGGAGAAUACCGUCGCCAUCAAAGAAAAUGGGACUUGCCGAACGAUGAAGAUGCGCUCGUUGAGCGAUGGCGACAAGCCGUCGUCGAGAUCAACUACCGUCGCGCAGCGAGCAUGAUGCGGGUCUGUGCACUCGAUCGCUCCAAGCUCAUCCUGUGGCGUCGAUGGCUUAACCUCGAAGCCGACGAGACCGCCGAAGACAGGCCGAAGCAAGAUAGCAAUCCUGACGAUGAUGACGACGAGGAGGAUUCGCCGACCCGUCUGCUCCGCCGAACGAUUUCGAAAAGAGAUAAACCCAAUCUGGGCCCGAAGAGUCCGAAGAUGGAUGACGUUUGGGACCUUGCCGAAAGCCGAGUGAGUACAGGGCGUACGGCGUGAUGUCCCGAGCUCGAACACUGAAUGCUCCUCCGUCCCGCGUGCAGCUCGGGGAGAUCCUGCACCUGUUCGAAUUCCAAGCCUCGCGUGUAUCGCUUCUGCUCUUAUUCAUCUCGACUUAUCCCGUCUCGCAUCGAUAUGGUCUAGAGCCUCAAGAAACUCCACCACCUCGGCGGCUAGCCGGCGACGUGUCCGUACCCGACAUUCGAUUGGCUGCUACACCUGCGUCGGAUUUCCGCCGGGAGCAGCUUUCCUUGAUCAUCCCGACCGUGACGGAUCGCCUCACCCCUCGGCUAGAGUUUUACAACGAUCUUGUCGCGACUAUUCAGCGUCUCAAGGGACAUAUGGGCGACGCAGUCCAGGUCGCCGGUAAUACUUAUGAUGCUGAGAAGGUACAGAGUGGGUCGGCGUUGGUUGGGGCUCAGCAACAUGGCCAGUCGCGUGAGGCUUCGAUGGAUGACAAGUCCGCGACGAGGAGGGAUGCUGCUGGUGCCUAA